GAAGAGAGAAUCCACGCGUCGGCAAAUGAGCCACGCAGUCGAAUCUCGUUUGCAAUUUUCUGUGAACCUGCUGCACUAAAUCACUCUUCAUCCCUCAACAGUUCUUCGAGCAGGGGCAAUGGAAGCAGCAAUUUGCGGUCGAGUACCUAUUUCACCCUACCAUUUCUUCAAUUCGACCAGGCCGGGGGAUAAAUACUAUUUUCAUAAACCAUGUAGAAACCGGAGCAUCUUAAUGUUAUCGGUUGCUGCGCUUGGAAGAGGUGGGGGGUUGUUGGACAAGCCAACAAUAGAGAAGACAACACCUGGCCGUGAAUCCGAGUUUGAUGUUAGGAAAUCAAGGAAAAUUGCUCCGCCUUAUCAAGUGUUGCUACAUAACGACAAUUACAACAAGCGGGAAUACGUCGUGCAAGUUCUGAUGAAGGUGAUCCCUGGAAUGACCGUUGACAAUGCAGUCAACAUAAUGCAGGAGGCACAUCACAAUGGUAUGUCAGUGGUAAUUGUCUGCGCUCAAGUGGACGCAGAAGAUCACUGCAUGCAGCUACGAGGCAAUGGUCUUCAAAGUUCAAUCGAGCCUGCAAGUGAUGGUUGUUGAAUAGGAAACAUAGACCAUGUAAUGUACUCUUUUCACCCCUUAGUUAUCAGCCAUAUUAAAAUUGCAUGCCCUCAACUGCUACAAUUUGCAAGCUGCACCUAUGUACAUAUAUAGAGAUACUUCAUAAACAAAUAAACUUCAAUUUAUGAAUACCAUGUUCACAAUAGUUAUGUUAUGAGUUGUACACACAAACACAUCUUCCUUUUCA